AUGGGCAGCUGCUGGAGCUCCAUUUUUCAAGAGGAGCUAGGAUCUGAAGACGAGUACGUCUACCGAGGGCAGCCCGUCCCCAGCACAGCUCGUACCACCGAAUUUGAACCUUCUGUAUCUAUCAACCGACCCGAAAAGUUUGGAGAGAAUAUGCGGCAACGGAGUCGCGAUAGUGAAGGCAGCUCCCACCGACAGGGCGGUUCUGUGCAAAGUUUGACGGGAGUUGGAGUGGCAACUCAUCAGACUUUUGCCGAUACUCCAGCGGUCGAUGGUUAUCAAGAUCACUGUGGCGGAGAAGUGCAAGAUUGUGGCGAUUGCGAA